GACCAGCCACCAAACUGAGGCACUCGCCGCACUCCCGCCCUUGAAUAAUCCUGAGACCACUCCUCGAUCAACAGCCAGUCGAGCAUGGCAUCGAUCAGCACGCACGACGACGCUGCUGCUGCUGCUGCUGUGACGAGCCAUGUCGAGAACGCUCCGGCUCCUGCAGUUGCGACGGGAGAUCGCGAGGAGGUGGCGGACGUCGGGAAGGGAACGGCAGCGGUGAAGGAGACGUCUGCGGAAGAGGAGCAGGCGGCGGCGGCGAGGCGCGACGUGUUCCUGCUGGCCGGGAUCAGGAAGCUCAUCAAGAGCUUCAGGAGCCUGUCCCACAUCUUCGAGAUAUACAAGGACGAGGAGGAGGAGGAAGAGGACAUCAUGGACAUCCAGAUCGGGUUCCCGACGGACGUGCAGCACGUUGCCCACAUCGGGCUGGACGGCUCCAGCAACGUCGCCAGCCUCAGGGGGAUGGAGGGCGCCGCCAGGGACCUGCUCUCCCUCUCCACCAACCUCUCCAUCCAGCAGUUCGACUUCGCCAUGGCAUCGCUCGCUGCUCACGACGACCGCAACGCCGCGCUUGCCCGUAAUUAAAUUAAUUAAUUCCAUGCUGCAUGUUCCGUCCCCAACCUAAUACUCUCCCUCUCUAUCCUUCUUGUUCUGUCCAGUCGAUCUUGUGUUAUGUUGUUACAUGCCUUGCGCUGCUUCCAGUGACGAUCGUUCAAGACAAUUUCGCUUUACUUGUACGCUGUACAGCCUAGAUUAGCAAUCUAUAAAUUCUAAACAGGGCCGGCGGCUCGUCGAAACGGCCGAUAGACCGUCGGUAAAACUCCAAAUGUCUGACA